CGUGGCAGCGUGGGGACCGAUGCGGGCGUCGCCGUCGUGGCCGCGUCCGGGGCCUUGGCUGUGGCUGCUGCUGACGGCGGCGCUCGCGGGGGUUGGCGGCUCGGAGCACCCCCGGCUUCGCGAGGCCGUGCUACGGGACCUGGCCCGCGGCAAGGUGGAGACCUGCGGCGGGUGACGGCUGAAUCGCCUCAGGGAGGUGAAGGCGUUCGUCACCCAGGACAUCCCGCUCUACCAUAACCUGGAGAUGAAACACCUGCCUGGUGCCGACCCUGAGCUUGUGCUCCUCAGUCUCCGGUAUGAGGAGCUAGAGAGAAUUCCCCUGAGCGACAUGACCCGGGAGGAGAUCAACCAGCUGGUGCAGGAGUUGGGCUUCUACCGCAAGGAGACGCCUGAUGCCCCUGUGCCAGAGGAGUUCCAGUUUGCUCCUGCCAAGUCUCUGCCAAUACUGCUGCCCCCCCAAGCACCCACCACUGAUGGCAAGACCCCACUCAAAUGGGACAAGGAAGAACGCCCAGACCUCUAGCAAGGAGUGCCACGCUUGGGACAGGAUCCUGCAGCCAGUCCCCAGCUUAGGGAGUGAGGGUGUUAUGGCAGCUGGGGAUGGUGUCACAGGGUGGCAAAGGUUUUUCCCCUGCACUGUUGCUUGGUGCUUUGUAGCCUCUGCCCUGAAGAUGCCUUAGGCAGAUCCAGCCUCAAGUAGGGGCUUCCUGGGCACCUGUGGGCAUUCCGAGGAUCCUGUGUGCUGGUUGACGCCCUCCUGUCCUCGGAGCCCAUUAUCCUUGGCCACUCGGGAGGAACAACAUUCCUUGCAGUCCCUUGCUAUGUGCAGAGGUUUAGGUACUCUCAGCACUGGGUAGCAGUAUCCUGCCUGUGUGGGACAGGAUGAUACCCUCAGCAGAAAGUGCCAGGUGCUAAGGGUAGAUGUGCUGAGUCCCAGAGGUGGGAGAGCUGCCCCAAGAAGGGGGCUUUACCCCCCAGCAAGGUUAUGUCAUAUCUGUCAUAUCCAGCUCCUAGUAAAGGCUUUUAUUUGCA